UCUGAGUCUACCAUGGAGGCACCCAUUUGUCUGGUGCAAAACUGGAAAGAGCAGCUGACGGUAAAUCUGGAGGCCAUUAGGAUUCUUGAGCAGAUAGCACAGCCUCUGGUGGUGGUGGCCAUUGUUGGUUUAUAUCGGACAGGGAAGUCCUACCUCAUGAAUCGCCUUGCAGGACGGAACCAUGGCUUCUCCUUGGGCUCCACAGUGCAAUCAGAGACCAAGGGCAUCUGGAUGUGGUGUGUGCCCCAUCCCACCAAGCCAAACCACACCCUGGUCCUUCUGGACACCGAGGGUCUUGGCGAUGUAGAAAAGGGUGACCCUAAGAAUGACUCGUGGAUCUUCGCCCUGGCCGUGCUUCUGAGCAGCACCUUUGUCUACAACAGCAUGAGCACCAUCAACCACCAGGCCCUGGAGCAGCUGCACUAUGUGACUGAAUUAACACAACUAAUCCGGGCAAAAUCAGGCCCCAGAGAGGAUAAAGUGGAGGACUCUAGUGAGUUUGUAGGUUUCUUCCCAGACUUCAUCUGGGCUGUUCGAGAUUUUGUUCUGGAGUUGAAGUUAGAUGGUCGGCCCAUCACAGAAGAUGAGUACCUGGAGAAUGCCCUGAAGCUGAUCCCAGAAAACAAUCCCAAAGGCCAAAAGUCCAACAUGACCAGAGAAUGUAUCAGAUAUUUUUUCCCGGUUCGGAAGUGCUUUGUCUUUGAUAGGCCCACAAGCGACAAAAGUUUAUUAUUGCAAAUUGAAAACGUUCCAGAAAACCAACUAGAAUGGAAUUUCCAAGUUGAAUCAGAAAAUUUCUGUUCCUACAUCUUUGCCAAUGGGCUGGGGACUUUGGUGCAGACCUAUGUGGAUGCCAUCAACAGUGGAACUGUGCCAUGUUUGGAGAAUGCGGUGACGACCCUGGCCCAACGUGAGAACUCUGCAGCUGUGCAGAAGGCAGCUGAGCACUACAGUGAGCAGAUGGCCCAGCGAGUGAGGCUCCCCACGGACACUCUCCAGGAGCUGCUGAAUGUGCACUCGGCCUGUGAGAAGGAAGCCAUCGCUGUAUUCAUGGAGCACUCCUUCAAGGAUGAUGAACAGGAGUUUCAGAAGAGGCUGGUGGCCACCAUAGAGAAAAGGAAGGAAGAGUUCAUGCUACGGAAUGAAGCAGCAUCCAUCCGGCACUGCCAGGCUGAGCUGGAGAAGCUUUCAGAGUCCCUGAAGGAAAGCAUCUCAUGUGGAGCUUUCUCUGUUCCUGGGGGACACAGCCUCUACUUAGAAGCCAGGAAGAAGGUGGAGCUGAGCUACGAGCAAGUGCCGAGGAAGGGAGUGAAGGCAAAAGAAGUCCUUAAGAGUUUUCUACAGUCACAGGCUACUGUGGAGAACUCCAUCCUGCAGUCAGACAAAGCUCUUACAGAUGGAGAGAGGGCCGUAGCAGCUGAGCGGACCAAGAAGGAGGUGGCUGAGAAGGAAAGAGAGCUGCUCAAACUGAGACAGAAGGAGCAAGAGCAAGUGAUGGAGGCUCAGGAGAGAAGUUUCCAAGAAAACAUUGCUAAGCUUCAGGAGAAGAUGGAGAGGGAAAGGGUGAUGCUGCUCAGGGAGCAGGAGAAGAUGAUGGAGCACAAGCUGAAGGUCCAAAAAGAACUGCUUGUUGAAGGAUUCAGAAAGAAAUCUGAUAUGUUAAAGAAUGAAAUAAGUCAACUGAGAGAAGAGAUUGAAAGAACAAGAAAGAAACCCUCACUGUUUGCACACAUCCUUGACACAGUUGGCAAUGCAUUCAUUAUGAUUUUACCAGGAGCUGGUAAAAUAUGUGGUGCGGGGAUGAAAGUCCUCAGCUCACUUAUGAAGUAGUCUGAAGAGUUUCUGGGACGGGAUUUAUAAAAACCAAGCCUCUAUCAUUUUGAUACCAACUGUGUUUUUUAAUACAUGUGCUUUGGUUUUUAAAUACAUGUGCUAGUUUAGUAACUCAUAUUACAACGAAGUCAGAACUCUCAUUAAUAGCUAGAUAAUCAGAUACAGCUUCAUUGGAGUUGAGUUCUGUGUCCGUUCAUUGCCAGUUAUAUUCAAGGUUAAAGAUACAAACCAAUGAUUGAAGAAUAUAAGGAUCCUGCAUACAUAAAUACCACCAAAUUUCAUUGACACAAUCUCUGUAAUAAAGAGGGAAACCAGUCAGAAUAUAGUGAAAUUGUUAAUAGAAAAGGUGUAAAAUAAAUCAAACAGAAAUAUGGCCACAUGGAGACACAUUGGCAAUUGUAUCCCAGUCUUACAGGACAGAUAAUUUGUUACAAAGAGCUCUUGUAAAAACUGACAAGUGGGUUUUCAUAGGACCGGAAGUAUGAGAAAAAUGAUCGAUAAUAAAAGCAGUGCAUAUUAAAUUUA